AGCCCGCACACACGCGUCGCCGAGCGCCGAGCCGCGUAAACAAUAAUAAAAACACGCCACAAUGUACCCUCGCCACUUAUGAUAAACCGGCCGCGUGGUUACGACAUUUUGGUGUAUUUAGUUCGCAUUUUGAUGUAUUCAUUUUAAUCGUGGAUAGUGUUUGUGUCACACCGGUUGAUAAAUAAAAAAAACGUGUCUUUUUAGUGCCAUUUUUUCUAUAACAUAACUAGUUUUAGAUACGAUAUCUUGCCAGUACAAAGUUUAAUAUUCCAUUGCCUUCUCGCCUCUAAAUAGUUGAUAGGGAAGCUUCGUGUACAGUGUUAGGUGCGCUAGUUAGAUUUCUUAGGACAUAAGUUGAUAUAAAAAUUUGAAACGGUUUUAUAUAAAAAAAUAUCACCGAUGUCUCUGAUUUGCGGAGAGCCGGGCGGCCCCCUAAUGUCUGAGCCGCUCUUGAGUUUAUAUAAGUCACCUCUAUCAGGGUGCGCGUUCCUGACCUAUUUUAAUCCAGAAAGUGCAUCAAGCGCACAAUCCGCCCUCCAUGAAAAACGGACGCUGCCAGGGAUGAACCGAGCAAUACAGGUGAAACCAGCGGACAGCGAAAAUAGAGGAGAUCGGAAGCUGUUCGUUGGCAUGCUCAGCAAACAACAGACUGAGGAGGAUGUGCGCCAGUUGUUCACACCGUUCGGUACAAUAGAAGAGUGCUCGAUACUCCGUGGCCCGGACGGCGCGAGUAAAGGUUGUGCGUUCGUCAAGUUUAGUUCACACCAGGAAGCGCAAGCAGCCAUCACAAGCCUGCACGGGAGUCAAACUAUGCCGGGUGCGUCUUCAAGUCUGGUAGUAAAGUUCGCCGACACGGAGAAGGAACGUCAGCUGAGACGCAUGCAGCAGAUGGCCGGCAACAUGAGCCUGCUCAACCCGUUCGUGUUCAACCAGUUCGGCGCGUACGGCACUUACGCGCAGGUCAUCACUGAACAAGUUGACUUACAGCAACAAGCAGCGCUGAUGGUGGCGGCCACGGCGCAGGGCUACAUUAGCCCGAUGACGGCACUCGCUUCCCACGCACUCAACGGAAUGGCCAACUCGGUUGUGCCUCCCACUUCUGAUUCCGAUCACCCGAUUGAUUAUUUAAAAUAUACUUUUGGGGAUAUAGACAACUUUACCGGGCUGGCGAUAGGCACAGGCGCCCAGCCGCUGAACGGUGCUCUGCCGUCGCUGCCUUCGCCCACCAUGCCGGGGUUCAACAUGGCGGCGCAGACCGCCAACGGACAGCCGCCGCCGCAGGAGGCCGUCUACACCAACGGCAUCCACCAGACAUUCACUGGACCGGUCCCGGUGACGGCGCAGGGCAUCCCCAACGGCGAAGCGGCGCUGCAGCACGCCGCCUACCCCGGCAUGCAGCCGUUCCCCGGCGUCGCUUACCCAGCGGUAUAUGGGCAGUUUCCGCAGCCGAUCCCUCCGCCGAUGUCCACCAUUGCGCCGGCGCAGAGAGAAGAUUUUCUCGUGUUUCCAGGCUGCUCCAUCUCGGGCCCCGAGGGCUGCAACCUCUUCAUUUACCACUUACCGCAGGAGUUCGGCGAUGCAGAGCUGAUGCAGAUGUUCCUGCCGUUCGGAAAUGUGAUCAGUAGCAAGGUCUUCAUUGAUCGGGCCACUAACCAGAGCAAAUGUUUUGGCUUUGUGUCAUUCGACAACCCGACGUCGGCCCAGGCGGCCAUCCAGGCGAUGAACGGGUUUCAAAUCGGCAUGAAGCGGCUAAAGGUGCAGCUGAAGCGGCCCAAGGAUGCCAACCGGCCUUACUAACCCAUGACGCCGUCCCCGCGCGCGCACCACAUGCCCAAGAAUGCUGCCGGCAAGUCCCGUUUACCCGCGGUGGGCUUGUUUGCGUAUUAUCAAAAAUUCUAAGGAAUUUAAUAAACAUUUAUUGUAUAGUAAAUAUCAUUAACUACAUUACUUACCUAAAGAUAUAUGCAAGCCCACGCGGCGCGUAUACUAUAUUAGUUAAAGUAAUUAAUUGAUCGGCGCGUAGGAAAGCUUCAUUCUUAUCAUUAUCGAUUAAUCAUUAAAUUACUCUAUUAUAUUAUUAUAUAUACAAUUUAUUAACUUUGAUUAAAUUAUUAUUAUUAUUAUUAAAUGACACGUUAUAAAAAUUUUGUCAUUCGUAAUCAUACUUCUACUUCUAAGUACUUAAUGUUUAACUGAAAACUUUUAACAUAAAUUUAUUAUACUAGUUAUUUGCUUGAACUAAGCCAAACUGAAUUUAUUAAGUAAGUUGAGAAUAAGAAAAAUGUAUUUUAAUUAUUGUAUAUUGCAUAAAUUGUAACGCCGUGAUGGGGCACGCGUCUUCGCACGUUUUGUUGUUUUGUUUGUAGUAUAGAUGGCGCUCUCGGCGCGUUCCGUUCUACGUUGAGUUGUUAGCCGUAGACUUAUAGGCCAAGACGCGUCCCCGCGCGGCUCGCGACACUGUUGCCUCCCUUCACCGUGCAUCACACAUAAUAUAAGUACUGCGGUAUAUAUCACUAUCGGAGUAGCCUAUAUUUUGUUAAAUUUUAUUGGUGUGUGUGUCUGUAAGCUAUUAUGCUGAGCUGUGCCAAGUUAAACGGGAUACAAUUUGAAAUGGACACGACUCUAAAUUAAACUGACAACGUUUGAAACACUAGUAGUUCUUUCUUAAUGACUGUCGAUCGAACUUUACAUAGUGAAUAAAUUGGACAUAAAAUUAACUUAACUUUUGACAGAUUAAAACGAAACAGUUCUUAUUUGCAAAAUACACGCUAAAGAAUAAAAAGAUAAACGGAAUCCACGUCAAUAAACAUGUUUUCUUGACCACUGAGUGUAUGUCACAUAGCAUUUAAAUGGAACUGUCAUGGAAUUGGUCUAUCCAGUUAAAAUUUUGGCACCUCGUAAUCCGUCUAUCUUUUUUCUCUAGUCUGGGAUAAUAACCAUACUAACUGUCAAAAUUUUUCGUCACGCUCCCGAAGGCCAGCUCGGCGCCCCACAACCUACAUGUUAGUAAAAUUAAAUAAACACGAUGUUAUUAAAUUAAAUGUUCAUAAAACGCUGUGUACAAAUCGAAGUGCACUUCAAAUAUUACCGAGAUACUUAAGGCCUUCAUUUUGAGAUAAUUAUUAUGUUUUGAUUCGUUGUAAAUUCCAAAAUGGGCUGUGAUAUAAAAAAUAUAAACCUUAAUAAUGGAUUGUACAGACCGUUUAUGCAUAUUAGUUGUUGCGCUCUCUAAAGCCGCCCGCACACUGCCGAGGUUGAACCAAAAUCUUAAUAAUCCUUGAUUACCUAAACGCUUUGGUUCUUAAAAAUAGUAUCUACGGUAUGGCUACUAUGAAUUUUACAAACAUUUGCUCGCUUCAAGUAUACAAAGUUUACCGGUUUAACGAUUUAGUUUAAGUGAAUGUAGGCCUAAAGUUUCAAAAUCUGCCACUUUACGUGAAAUUCCGCACUUAAACUUAAAAUUACCGGUAAUUUGAAAAUUAUCUAGUUACCAAUGUUAGUGCUAUAGCGGUAAUAUGGCACUACAUGACUACAAGAUGCAAAACUGACCUGCAGGUUCGUAAACAUAGUGAUACGACUUCAUAUUCUGAUACCCACCUUGUUUGAGAGAUCGUCUCGGCGACUUUUUGCAGCGAUACAUUAGUGCAA